ACCACAAAGUAAUAAAAGAAUCCUUCUCUCUCUCUCUCCCUCUUCUUUCUUCUUCUUCUUUCUCAGAGAGAGAGGAGCAACAAGAAGCUUCAAAAGAUCAAAACUUAAGCUUUUUCCCCCCGGGAACAUUUGUUUCCCUUUUGUUAUUUUUUUUUUUACUAGCCAACAAAAAUCAAUCAAAAGACGCAACCCUUUUUUUUUUUUCUUUUCAAGAUUCCUUGCUAAACCCUAGCUUUGAUCUUGAGAGAAUUUCAAGAAGCUACAAAUUUUUAAAGAAAAAGGAUGAGCAGCCUCGAAGAAUCCUUGAGAUCUCUAUCGUUGGAUUUCCUAAACCUAUUAAUCAACGGUCAAGCUUUCUCGGACGUGACUUUUAGCGUUGAAGGUCGUUUAGUCCACGCUCACCGUUGCAUCCUCGCCGCUCGGAGUCUUUUUUUCCGGAAAUUCUUCUGUGGGAACGACUCACCGCAAGGUGUGACAGGUAUAGACCCGACCCGACAUGGGUCCGUACCCGCUAGCCCAACAAGAGGCUCCACGGCCCCAGCUGGAGUUAUACCAGUGAACUCAGUCGGCUAUGAGGUGUUUCUGUUGCUUCUUCAGUUUCUUUAUAGCGGACAAGUCUCGAUCGUGCCGCAGAAACACGAGCCGAGACCCAAUUGUGGCGAGAGAGGAUGUUGGCACACGCAUUGCUCAGCUGCCGUUGAUCUUGCUCUUGAUACUCUUGCCGCCUCUCGUUACUUCGGCGUCGAGCAGCUCGCAUUGCUCACUCAGAAACAAUUGGCAAGCAUGGUGGAGAAAGCCUCUAUUGAAGAUGUGAUGAAAGUUUUGAUAGCAUCAAGGAAGCAAGACAUGCAUCAAUUAUGGACUACUUGCUCUCACUUAGUUGCUAAAUCAGGUCUCCCUCCAGAGAUUCUAGCCAAGCAUCUCUCCAUUGAUGUUGUCGCCAAAAUCGAAGAGCUUCGUCUCAAAUCCUCCAUAGCUCGCCGUUCUCUAAUGCCUCACAACCACCACCAUGAUCUCAGCGUGGCGCAAGACCUUGAAGAUCAAAAGAUUAGAAGGAUGAGACGAGCUUUGGAUUCGUCAGACGUGGAGCUUGUGAAACUGAUGGUUAUGGGAGAGGGACUCAAUCUUGAUGAGUCAUUAGCAUUGCAUUACGCUGUUGAAAGCUGCAGUAGAGAAGUUGUGAAGGCUUUGCUUGAACUCGGAGCUGCCGAUGUGAAUUAUCCAGCAGGCCCCGCGGGGAAAACACCAUUGCACAUCGCCGCUGAGAUGGUCUCUCCCGACAUGGUGGCUGUUCUGUUAGACCACCACGCCGAUCCUAAUGUUCGUACAGUUGGUGGUAUCACUCCUCUUGAUAUCCUUAGAACACUAACUUCGGAUUUCUUGUUCAAGGGGGCAGUUCCUGGACUGACUCACAUUGAACCGAACAAGCUUAGGCUUUGCCUUGAGCUUGUUCAGUCCGCUGCAAUGGUGAUAUCACGAGAAGAAGGAAACAAUAGCAACAAUCACAAUAAUGACAACAACAACGGGAUGUACCCUCAUAUGAAUGAGGAGCACAAUAGUGGAAGCAGUGGAGGGAGCAAUAACAACUUGGAUUCAAGAUUGGUGUAUCUCAAUCUUGGAGCUGGUACGGGUCAGAUGGGUCCGGGGCGAGACCAAGGGGAUGAUCAUAACAGUCAGAGGGAAGGUAUGAGUCGGCAUCAUCAUCAUCAUCAUGACCCAUCUACAAUGUAUCAUCACCAUCAUCAACAUCACUUCUAGUUCCCUAUUGGUCUCUAUAUCUCAACCAUUAAUUAUUUAAGACUCAAAAUAUAUUUUAUCGAAAUUUAGUCCUUGUAUCUUCUAUAUACAUUAUUUUUUGUAUAUGGAAAAUGAUGGAGGACGUAAGGAGGAGUACGAAGAAGAUCAUGCGACGUUAUAUAAUUAAAGACUUAGGUUUAUUUAAUUUAGUUUCUCUAGAGACUAGAGUUGUAUCAAUUAAAUUAAUUUUGCCAUCAAUUAAUGUUUUAUAUUUCUAAGCUAAUUUCUGCC